AUGUCCAUCCAAGCACAAGCACCACCUCGGGUCUCCCCCCUCCGCCAGCUCGUCAACAUCCUCGGCUGCAUCUUCUGCCUCCCGAUGUGCUGGGCCGCCACCGUCCACUGUCGCUGGCCCGUGACCCUCGACUUCAUCCUGACCGUCACCCUGACCGAGCUGAACCGCUAUGUCAACGAGGGUCGACGCAUGGCCCUCCGCGAGCCGGCCGGCGGCAGACCCCUCUCCCCUCCUUCCCCCAUGUUCAAGGAAAAGAUGGAUGACCCGGAGAAGGGAACUCUCGCCAUCGAGACCAUCCGCCCCGUCGGCUCAUCUAGGCUGGACUGCUUAGCUAGUGUGGUGGGAUGGCGCGAGGACCCCGACCUGUUCACCCGUGCGCUCGAGAGUUACAAGGCCUCCAAGGGUUGUGUGUUUCUCCUGGUGGGUAUCGACGGUGAUGAAGCCCAGGAUAUGGAGAUGGUCGACGUCUUCAACGCUGUCUACCCCUCCAACUCGGCAACAAUCCACAUACCGAAGCCUCUGGGCGAGGUAGCCCAGGAGCUGCGCAGCAAGGAGGUCUCUAUGCGUCGCCAGCAGGGACAGCCCGUCGACCUCACCGAGAUAGACAGGAUGGUCAUGUCGCACUGCUUGGACCUGGCGCGCCGCCACCUCUCCCAGGCGGGCGUGCACUUCAGCGGUCCCGACGCCACGAGCCAGCUGUGCAUCCGUCAGCGUCACAUGCACAAGAAGGGCGUCAUGUUCUCCACCUACGUCUUCUCGCUCGUCAUCGCCGACGCCCUCGGCGUCGAGUUCCUCUGGAGCAGCGACUCCGACACCCUCGUCCUCCCAGACUCGCUGUCCCGCUCCGUCGAAUCCAUCGCUGUAGACCCCUCCAUCGGCGGUGCCAGCACCGCCCUCAUCCUGCACAACAGAGACGACGGCGUCAUCGCAAAGCUUGCGGAGACCGUCUACUGGGGCGAGCUGUACCUCACGCGCUCCAUGCCUGCCGCUACCGCCACGAGCGACUGUCAGAGCGGUCCUAGCACCCUCUUCCGUCUCUCCGCCAUGCCGUCCAUCUUGGUGCCCUGGUAUCUCCAGACCAUCUGGGGCAAGAGAAUGAUCAUCAACGAGGAUCGCCACCUGACGACCAACCUCCUCCUCCGCGGCUGGGGCGUAGUCUUCGCGUCCGACGUGGCCGCCGCCACCGACACGCCGACCACCAUGGCCCGCUGGCUCCGUCAGCAGGUCCGCUGGGGUCGCGCCACGCACAUCGAGUCCCUCCUGCAGCCCAAGAUCUACCCGAUGAACCACCCGCUCCUCUUCUUCAGCAUGGCCAAGCGCGAGAGCGGGCCGGUCGUCGCCUGGCUGGCCGUGGUCUACUACUUUUUCACCUCCAAGACACUCAUCACCAUGGAGCCCCCCGACCUGCUGGUCCGCUGCAUCGCCGCCCUGGCCUACAACAUGCUGCGCAACCCCCACCGCCUGCGCACCCGAUCGCUCAAGUGGGUCAUCCCCGGCGUGGCCUUCUACCACAUCCCCCUCCCCGCCGUCCACGUCUGGAGCAUGCUCACCCUCACCGCCGACGGCUGGGGCACCAGCAUGAGGGCAAGCGGCGAGCGUGCAAAGAAGGAGAGCGUCCGUCAGGCCUGGUUCGAGACCGGCUUCUUCGUCGUCUGGAUGGGCGUCGUCGCCGGCUGUCUGGCCAAGUGGCUCAGCAGCUCGGUCUUCGUCAUGAGCAGUUCGUCCUUCUCCUUGUUCUUCGUCGCCAGCAUGGCUUCUGCAUCGUAUGCUGCCUGGCGCUUGACUGUUCGCCAGACGUGUUGA